AUGAUACAGUUCGUAGAGGUCCAGCACCUGCUUCGCCAUGAUCGGGAUUCUGUUGACCGGCGUGCCUGUUGCAGGUGGGCCGGGGGGGAGGAGGAUGAGGGUAGGUAG